AUGACACCGCUUCGUGUUUUGAUUUGCGCUGUACCGCCCGCUCAGUUGUGUGGGGGGUCUGGUAAAGCCCUAUCCAGUAAGGGAAUCAAAACCUACACCGACAUCACGGCGAUUGGCAGGUUUCGCUUCAAGGUAUCGUUCGGAGCACCACAGGAAGCCAAAAAACUAAUGGAAAUCAACAUGGAGGAGCUAAACCUCAAGUGUUACGUCCCGAUAAUCCUCAGGCAGACAGUGGGUUUGGCUAAAGGAAUACCGAGAGAUUACAGCGAGCAAGAAUUGAUGGAAGAUCUGUUGUCGGAGGGCGAAAUUAUCAAAGUGGAAAGGAUGAAGAAAAUUGAUAGCAACAAGAAGCUAACGGAUACGGAAAACGUCAAAAUCAUCUUCCGAGGAAAGCAACUACCAGACAGCGUGUUGCUAUACGGAUGCAGGUUCAAGAUUGAACUCUACCUGUUCCCGGCGAAGCAAUGCUCAAACUGUUGGGGAUUUGAACACAGGAGAGAAAAAUGCUGGAGGACAACAAAAUGUAAGGAAUGCGGCGUUCAACACGAAGACGAAAACUGCAGGAAAAAGGCAUGCAUCAAUUGCGGAGGUCCGCACAGUCCGACGGAUAGCAAGUGCCCAGAGAAGGAAAAACAGGUACAAAUCAACGGGGGAAUGCAGUUGGAAAAAUUGACGUACAAGGAAGCAAACGAGAAAUGGAGACAAGCCAAUCAGUUCGACUUGCUGUCGAAUUUCGACGAGGAAUUUCCAGAUAUGGGUGAGCAGCGAGACGAGCAGGGUCGCUCGCAGAUAAACGCAACAAGUUCGUGUGGAAAAAAAACAGCAGAACACCACAGCAAACGGCGCCAGGCGACAAACAAGGAACUUACGCAGAUAAAGUAA